AAUGGAUUCCAUCUCGGGUCGAUCCUCAGGUAUGAAGUAACCUUAACCGACGUUCUCUUGAGCAGCUCGAAGGGCCGGGGCUUAAAAAAAGCAGGGUGGAUGUGGAUCCUUCUAAUUUGGUAUCUCACAGUGUGGUCAAAGCGGUGUGUGACUGUGUGUGAACCUUCUUCUCUUCCAGUCGGCAAAUGCAAUAAAACGCAUGUUGUUUUUGUCAUCACCACCUCUUCUUCUUAAUUGCUAAAGUAAACCAAAAAAAACAAUUCCUCCUUUUCCAUCAUUUCUCUAAAAAAAGAAAAAAACCAAUUUCUUCUUCAUUUUUUCCUUUUCCAAUAAAUUAUAUCAAUCAGAUUACACACACAUUCAUUCAAUUUAGCCCAUGAAACCAAUAUAAAUCCUAACCUCCCCACAAAAACCACAAAGACACUGUUCUUCUGGCGGCUCUACGCGAGUCUCCAUAUCUAUAAUUUUUAGAGCUAUUUUGCUUCCAAACUCCUUCACCCAUCCAAAAUUUUAAUUCUUUUUAACUCUACCGUACCAAAAAAACAUAAAGGAGUUCACUUUUUAGACUUAUUCUGCUGCCAAAGAAAUCUCAAACCCCUGGUCAAGCUUAUUAAUUGGUCUCGUUUUCUCCAUUAUUAUAAAGCUUGGGUUUUUUUUUUUAGGCUGGGAAAAAGUUUGAAGUUCGGUAUCAUUUUGCCCAUUUCGAGACGGGAAAUUAAAGAAGUGGGUUGUUAAUAAUCCCUCGAUUUAUAAUCUGGGUCGGAGUUAAUUUUGGAUUUUACCGUGAUUUAGCUUGGUUUUGAGGUGGGGUUUUUUACAUGUGCUUGAUAAAGGUGGCGAACAUACGAGACUCAACCGCCACCACCUCCAGCAGCGGCCAUGGAAGACGUCAAGGGAGGAAUCCGGAGAGGGAGAACAUCGCCGCCACCACUGCAACCACCGCCUCCGCAUAUAUGACCGCCGCCGCCGAAUCCGAUUCCCAAUCCCAAUUAUUCCAUCAAUUUUCGGAGCAAUAUCAAGAACAAUCGAAUUACCUUUUCUCUUCCACCGCCGCCGGAGGAGCAGCAGGGGUUGGGUCGCCGAUGAUGUAUGAAGGGUACAGUCAACCGGGGGAGAUGUCGGCGAUGGUGACGGCAUUAACGAACGUGGUUUCCGGACAAAGAUCGAGUGGCGGUGGCGGUGGCGGGUCAUGGGGUUACAACAUGAUGGCGGCGGAUAUGAGCUCCAGCCCUGUUACGCCGUCGUUCGGUGCUGGUGGUUCUGGUGUUUAUUCUGCUAAUUCGCCGUCAUCGGCUUACUCUUCUUCCAGCUCCGGUUCUUGGGCGGGUCAGAAGAGGAGACGUGAACAAGAGGAAAACGUGUCCGGAAUCCGUGAUAACAUCCACAGAGGUUAUCAAAGGCUUGAAGAUUUCAACCCUACGGAGCCUUCCCCUGUUUCAGCUGGAGAAGCUUUGAGUAUUGUAACUGGACCUUCAACCACAGCUACAACCAAUGUGAAUGCUUUUGGGCCCUCACAAUCUCAAAACCCACAGCCUGAACAAGCCGCUGCUCCGGCGGCGGCGGCUGGCGGCGCCGCCACUGAAGAGACUGGGGAGAGGAGGAGGAGGUACAGAGGAGUAAGGCAAAGGCCGUGGGGGAAAUGGGCAGCUGAAAUAAGGGAUCCACAUAAAGCAGCUAGAGUUUGGUUGGGAACAUUUGAUACUGCUGAAGCAGCUGCCAGAGCAUAUGAUGAAGCCGCCUUAAGGUUCAGAGGAAACAGAGCAAAAUUGAAUUUCCCCGAAAAUGCGAGGCUAUUGCCGCCGAUUCAAUCGUCGCAGACAUCUCAAUCAGCUCAGCAGCUCCGCCCGAAUAUCGCAACUUCUCAGGCAUCCCUUUUUCCGGUGACGGCCGCAUUACAAACGCCACAACCGCAACCAUUGUUUCAGGCCGGGGCCGCCGGAGGUGCAUCGGACAUGGCCAGGGAUUACUGGCAGUAUUCUCAAUUGCUUCAGAGUUCCGGGGAGUUAUUGCAGGGACAACAGCCGACUAAUUUGCUGGAACAGAUGCUUUAUGCUUCUUCAUUGGCAUUUCUCCAUACGCAAUCUUUGCCGUCUUCCAUUUCUUCCUCUGCUUCAUUUACUGCUCCUUCGGCUCCUUCAGCUCCCUCUGCUUAUCCCCUGCUGUAUUCUACUCCUGCACAACAAAGGGGUCAUUUCUCGACGCAGAAUCAGGGUGGCAGCUCAAGUUUUCCGGCGCCACCACCGUGGACUACACCCGGCAAUUACCCUCCGUCUUCUUCCAGCUAGUUGGCGUUAUAAAGUUCUUCUGUGGAAAUCUUUUGCUUCUUUAGAAACAUCAUUCUCUUGCUUUAAUUUAUUUUAUUUUAUUGUUUUUUUGGGGGGGGGGCGGGCUCAAUUUGUGGGUAUACCAGAAAUAUGCUUGUAGGUUAGGCAUCCCGAAGCGAAAUUGUUAUUAUUGUCGAUGUAAUUCUGUAUGAAGUGAAUGAAGACCAGAAGAGAGAUAUAAACAGAACAGUGUUUUUAGGUUGCAGCUACCCUGUAGGAUUUGAUUAGGCCUUGGACCGCGGAUUUGAUUUAUCAUGCAACUUUUCUUCUCAUUAUCAAGUUUCAAGAGGAAAGAUUCUGAGAAAUGUCGAUUUUCAUUUGUUUCUUUUUUUCCCAUGCAAAAGUCUAUUGGCACUUGUCUUUGUACUCCA